UCAUGGGAACAGCGAGGGACGGUUCAGUGUAUCUUUGCCAGCCUACAACAAUCUGCAAAGGAGUUGCAGAAAAGCCUCAUGUUCAUCGAGCCCGGGUUUAAAAUUCUGCCGCUGAGGUCUUGAAGAUGCAGACGGGUACAGUAUGUGGUGCAGAUCGCAGUGUGUAUAAACUAAUUCUUUUCCUUGGAUUUCUUUUUUAAUUUUCUUUUCCAUUUUUUUUCUUCAAUGAAUUGUAUUUGUAAAAGGCUGGGCUGGAACAUCCUUCUGCCAUGUUUACAUCUUCCCUGUGUAGUCACAUGCAUUGGGAUGUAAUGAAAACAUUACAACAUCCAGGUACCCUGUUCACACAAGUUCAUAGUUCUUGACCUGUGUUGUGUCCUUAUUAGCUUCAUAAAGCUCCACAUUUACAGAGUCCAUUGAGCCUUAUCACAAGUUAAACUGAGUUGAGGCUCAAAUACAGCAUAUCUAUGUCCAGGUGUGGGUAUGGCAAGAAACAAGAACAAAAGAAAGUUCCAUAUACGUGCAGAACCACGUGUAACUUUUACUUCUUCAAUCUUGACACACAAAUGGUGAAUAAACAGUCCAGCAGGAACACAGUAUUUAUUACUGGUAAACGUUGUAAUACAAAUGAAAUGUAUGUAAAACCUUGACGAUCAGAAAUAAAACGAUUGAUUUUCACUCAUUUAUGUGUGUACAGAAUCCGUGAAUGCAGUUCUAGUGACGCAUAUCUGCUCAUUUCAUGUACAGUGACAGUCAUGCACAUCAAAGCACUGGUUACCUCGCCCCUAAUGACAAAUAUGUGAGGUCUUUCUCACCGGUUGUUUUUUGGACUGUUUCAGGGGACGAGACGCGACAGAGGGUCAAGUACGCUGACGAGCGCGUCUGCAAAAGUCAUCUUCUGAACUGCUGUCCACAUGACAUCCUGUCUGGAACUCGCAUGGACCUGGGGGAGUGCACGAAGAUCCACGACCUGGCGCUACGGGCAGAUUAUGAAAUCGCUUCCAAGGACAAAGACCUGUUCUUUGAGCUUGAUGCGGUGGAUCACCUGGAGUCCUUCAUCGCCGACUGUGACCGGAGGACCGAAUUGGCCAAGAAGCGCCUGGCUGAGACUCAAGAGGAGAUCAGUGCGGAGGUGGCGGCAAAGGCAGAGAAAGUUCACGAGCUGAAUGAAGAAAUAGGGAAGCUCCUGGCCAAGGCGGAGCAGCUGGGAGCCGAGGGCAACGUGGACGAGGCCCAGAAGGUCCUGCAGGAAGUCGAGAAGGUCCGCACGAAGAAGAAGGACGCAGAGGAGGAGUACAGGAACUCCAUGCCCGCCUCCAGCUUUCAGCAGCAGAAGUUGCGUGUGUGCGAGGUGUGCUCCGCUUACCUUGGUCUCCAUGACAACGACCGUCGUUUGGCUGACCAUUUUGGUGGGAAGCUUCAUCUGGGCUUCAUCCAGAUCCGAGAGAAACUGGACCAACUGAAGAAAACUGUGGUCGAAAAGCAGGAGAUAAGGAACCAGGAGCGCUUGAAGAGACGAGAAGAGAGGGAGAAAGAGGAGAAGUUGAAGAAGACCACCAGAUCUCAGAGCAAAGAGCCCAAAAGAUCUCACUCUCGCGACCGCAGGAGGAGGCGCUCGCGCUCCGCCUCGCGAGACAAGCGCCGCUCGCGCUCCAGGGAGAGGAAGAGGAGGCAGCGCAGCCGCUCCCGCAGCCGAGGACACCGGCACAACCACGAGCAGAGCUCCAGACACAAGUCGUCCAGGGACCAGCAGCACUCGUCCAGAGACGGGUCUCGGGACGGGAUGAACGGCCGGGCCGAGUCCCGCCGGGCCGACGACACGGGGGACCUCUGAGGACCGGACGCCAUCACCUCCCACGCGGGCCUGGACCCGCUGGUCCUGUCUUUAGCCCCGCCCACCCCUCCACUCACCUGACCUGUUGUUGAGGAUCCAGUUCCGUUGGUUAUUGAUCAGCCGUGGCGUGUCAGACCCGCAUCUGUGACUCUUCUUCUCGAUCACCGACAUAGCCCGACUGAUCCAGAUCCUGUUGUUCCCCGUGUCCGAGUGUCUCCGUCCGAAUGUGUUCCGCCUGAUGAGGUCUGAGGAGCUUCGUUCUGGCCGUACUUCUGAUUUGUAUUUCUUCGUCUCCCAGCUCCUGACGAGCUGCAGGACACCGGACAGCUUUUCUCUCUAUCGUCUCCUGUUCGCCAAAACCCAGUUGAAGAUUUCGGAACCCAAUUAAAAAACCAAAAAGUUUAAACGUGCGAAUAUAAGUAUGGUAUCGAUCCUGUGUUUCCAUUGGUCCGUUUUUCUUUUUUCGCUAAUCAACCGUUACCUUAUAGUGCUGGUAGUGGAAGGAUCUGAUUUAGUUGGCCAGGAUAAGUAAAUGCUUGUUUUGAAUUGUAUUGGUGGCACGGUUCUUGGUUUAUAAUUUGUUUCCAUCUGGAUUUCUUUUAUUUAAGAUCAAUUGUAACUUCAAAGUUUGUCGGUUCAGAUCCGUUGGCCAUUCAGUGCCGUCCUGUACAUCCUCUAAAGGUUCUUUGUCGGUCCAUAUGCCUCUGAAUAGAUUUAUAAUUGAAACAGACUUUAAUGGAUGCAUCGCUUCAUGUGUGAAGUCAUAUCUGUUCAUGUUCUGCUGGAAAUCUUUCUUUAAAGUCUCAAUAAAAAUCACCAUUUCAUUUUC